AUGGGCAUAACCACGCACUCCUCCAACGAACAUGAACGAUCGUGGGCAAGCAACCGGAAAUUUGAGCCCGAGUUGCGCUAUUCCGAGGAUUGCCUCGAUCUUAUUGAAGUUCGCCGCACCGACGACCCAUGGACAUUUGUGGCCUGCGACAAUGCGGAUCCUUGCGAGUCCUGUGGCAGCCUUGGGACUCACAUCGACUGCGUGAUUAUUGCUGUCGAUGGCGCUUGUCGGAACAACGGUGACAUCUGCGCUUCCGCAGCCGUAGGUGUCUUCGUCGGUGAUGAAUCAACUUUCAAUAUCAGCAUGGCACUGGAGGGGACAAAGGUCACAAGCCAGAUUGCCGAAUUGCGCGCCGGCAUAUGCGGGCUGAAGCAGGCGCUGAAAAUACAGCGUAGUGGAAUAAAAGGGGCAGCCCUGGCGCAAGGUAUGACUGAGUGGAUGUUUCGAUGGGAAAAGAAUGGUUACAAGACCUCGUCAGGCAAGCCAGCAGCCAAUCUGUCACUGUUCAAGCAGCUCAACGAAUUGGUGAAGGAGCUCAACAACCUUGGCGUGGAGGUUCUUUUUUGGCACGUCCCCAGGGAUAGGAAUGAGGACGCAGACAGGCUGGCACGGGCCGCAUGA